UUCUAUAAAAUAACUCUUGGCCUCAUCAAUUUUCCUUCCUCUUUCCCUUCUGUAAUUUUCGGUCCCCUCUUUUCUUCACAUCUCCAAACCCUAAUUACGACUACUCUCUGUUCUCCGAGCUGCACAAUUCCUUUUUUUUUUUCUCGAUUUUCUCUUAGCUCAAGUGGUAAUUUGUGAGACUUAAUUUUGGGGAGGGGUGUAGGUUUUCGCGGUGGUGGUUGUGGUGGUUGAGGUGCAGUGCACUUGUAGCCGCCGGCUGAUUGCAAAAUUUCAUUUUCCCCCUUUUUUUUCUAGUCAGAUUUGUUGCGAAUUGAUUGUUCGAGGUUGUUGAUAGUUUGUUGAUUUGAUCUGAUCUGAUCUGAUCGGAUCGUGGAACGAGGACGACUAAACGUUUCUACUGAGAGUAAUUUAGAAAAAAAAAAAAAAGAAAGAAACCGGAAUCAUGCAGCUGCAGGAUCAAGCGAAGAAGAUACCUAAGGAGACAGAGUUUUUUACCGACUAUGGAGAUGCCAAUAGAUACAAAAUUCUGGAAAUUAUUGGAAAGGGUAGCUAUGGAGUUGUUUGUGCUGCAAUUGACACUCACACCGGUGGAAAAGUAGCGAUAAAGAAAAUAACUGACAUUUUUGAGCAUUUGUCUGAUGCUAUCCGGAUUUUGCGCGAAAUCAAGUUGCUCCGCCUUUUGCGCCAUCCUGAUAUUGUUGAAAUCAAGCGGAUCAUCCUGCCACCCUCCAGACGUGACUUUAAAGACAUUUAUGUCGUUUUUGAGCUUAUGGAGUCUGAUCUUCAUCAAGUUAUAAAAGCUAAUGAUGACUUGACUCACGAGCAUCACCGAUUUUUUCUCUAUCAGAUGCUACGGGCACUGAAAUAUAUGCAUACAGCUAAUGUGUAUCACCGAGAUCUUAAGCCAAAGAACAUAUUGGCAAAUGCCAAUUGCAAACUUAAAAUAUGUGAUUUUGGACUAGCAAGAGUAGCAUUCAAUGACACUCCAACAACAACUUUCUGGACGGAUUAUAUUGCUACAAGAUGGUAUAGAGCUCCUGAGUUGUGUGGAUCUUUCUUCUCCAAGUACACUCCUGCUAUUGAUAUUUGGAGCAUAGGCUGUAUCUUUGCUGAAGUCUUGACGGGGAAGCCAUUGUUUCCUGGUAAAAGUAUUGUGCAUCAGUUGGAUCUGAUUACUGAUCUUCUCGGGACACCUGCAUCAGACACAAUUUCUGGAGUCCGUAACGAAAAGGCAAGGAAAUAUUUAAUGAACUUGGGGAAAAAGCACCCAGUGGCUUUUGCUAAGAAGUUUCCAAAUUCCGAUCCUCUGGCUCUCAAGUUAUUGGAAAGGUUGUUGGCAUUUGAUCCAAAGGAUCGUCCUAGUGCUGAAGAGGCAUUAGCUGAUCCUUACUUCAGAGGGCUGGCUAAAAUUGAGAGGGAGCCAUCUUGUCAGCAAAUCUCGAAGCUGGAAUUUGAAUUUGAACGAAGGAGAGUGACAAAGGAAGACAUCAGGGAAUUAAUAUUUAGGGAAGUGUUAGAAUAUCAUCCUCAACUGUUGAAGGACUACAUGGCCGGAAAUGGUGGCACGAGCUUUCUCUAUCCUAGUGCCAUUGGUCAUUUCAAGAAGCAAUUUGCUUAUCUUGAGGAAAAUGUUGGGAAAAGUGGGCCCGUGAUUCCUCCUGAGAGAAAGCAUGUUUCUCUUCCAAGGUCUACUGUAAACUCUUGUACCAUUCCUCCAAAAGCACAACCAAACAAUUCUGCAUUUGAUAACCGGAAAAUUACAGGAGAAAUGUCGACAUUUGCCAUUUCCGGAGAUAUAUCAAAGGUUUCACGGCCACCACCACCCCGCAUGCCUAAUGCUAAUGCCAAGUCUGGAAGAACAGUAGGACCAGUUUUACCGUGUGAGAACGCCAGAGCUUCGAAUGAAUCUCACGAUGGAAGGGCAUACGUUCAGAACGCUAUCCUUCGACCUCAAAUAAUAUAUCCACAUUGUUUAUUCAGGAAUAACUUGGGGAAGAAUAAUAAUAAUAUUAAUCAAGACAAGUGUAGGGCAGAAUCCGAGACGGAAGCAUCUCAAGUCAAACAAGAGUCAAAGCAAUACACGAUGCCAGCUAAAUCAAUAAACGGCACGAGUAUCGACAUGGACUACAAAGUACAACCUCACCACACACCUUUUAAAUCGAACCCUGGAAUGAUGGGCUUCGACGUAAAUAGCAACCCGUAUUACCAGUCGCAAGCAAAAUCCGGCAUUAUGAAUAAUCAAAUUGCUAUUGACGGAAAACUGUUCCAAAUCCAGUCUCAGUUUGUUGCAGCGGGGCCCACUGCUGUCACCUCUCACCGAGAGGUUGGUGUCGUUCAGGUCGGACUAUCUUAACUUAACGGGGGCCGUUUAUGUCAUUACACAUGAUAUUUAGGUGAAGAGAGUCUCGAACGACUUUGUAUGGAGAAGGGAUGCUGGACAAAAGUGUAACUGCAUUGUGGGUGAGUGAUGAUAGUUGUGAAUCUUGGGCGAUUCUACGUUGUUUGUAAGAAGAGCGGGCUGUUUUCUUUUAGGUUUAUUUAUCUUCUCGUUUAUAGCCCCCUCUGUAUAGUAGCAAUUAGUUCAUCAUUGAUCUAUAAAUAAAUGUAUUAUGUAUAUUUAUAUAUUUAUUCAAUCACCCUCAUUUCUGGUGUG